GCCUGGUUGACACCUCACACAACACGACACACCGACACCCCGAUAUCUCGCUCGCUCGCUCCUCAUUUCUCACACACACCCAGACAAUAUUAAUCGCCGGAUCGCAACUGGACUGGAACUCUAGACAAGGUUACCGCCGCGCCGCCACACCCGCUCUCACCUUUACCUCACCUCACCUCAUCUCACCUUGCCUUACCGCACACCGACACACCGAUACCGUGCCGUGCCGUUCCACGCCUGGCCUCCCUAUCCGUACCUUACCUUACCUCUCUCUCUCUCCGCUUGAUGCUCCACGCCCGCCGUCACUCACACCAAGGCCGCAUUUGAGGUCCUUUCUGUUUGUCCUGUCGUCGUGUCAAACGUACGCAAAGGGUUGCUUUGCGUCCUGUCCCUUCGCUUCCAACCGCACCCUACCGUGCCGUCUUGCACCAGCCACCCACCCCUUCCGCUCUCCGCGUAUCCUCACAUCUUACCUUUACUUUCUAAAAAGGUACCUACCGCGUGGGACCUUGCCAGCUUGCCUACCUUACGGAUACUCCGUACCUUAUCCAGGUCGGCGUCGUUCCUGAUUCAAGUGGCAGCCCGGCGCAGACCACCACCAGAUUGCCAUCUGCUUGCUCUAGUCUUGUCUCACCGGCCCGCGCUGUGGCACUUUUUUGGACGCUCCUUGGCUCCUUCUUUACCAGAUUGGACAUUGUCAAUCAAUCAUCGAGCAAUUACGGAUACGCUUCUCACAAUCCCUUCCUGCCUCAUCUCUCACUUGGCAACCUCUCAUCUGGCGCCCCAUCACUCCACGUCAUCUCCCACCCAUUACCCGUACCUAGCCCUUCACCCUUUCUCACCGUACCCAUCUCAUUCACUUUGGACCCCUGAUUUCCACAUUCUCACACCCCCGUCUGCUCUACUUCCCUCUACUUACUGUAACUACUGAGAGGUUUACCUAAGGUAGUGGACGAGUACGGACGAGACCGAGACAAACAGGGCCGGCCUCAUCCCAGCCCCCAGGUACCUCAUACCGUACGCCAUACCAAACAGCCAACCCCCGAGUGCAGAGAAAGGAACUGCUGGAUUCGUUCCGUAUGCAUGGUUGUACCUUAAUACGAAAUAAAUCCAUCACUGGCAAGCCGCAAGCCGAUUCAAUUCGCUCAUAGGCCAAAGAGUCUGGCUGUCAGUUCGGUCACAGUCUAUCGGAGAGACAAGCCAGCCCAUUGACGCCGGACGAUACAACCCCUGUCCCCCACCGCUCAUCACGCACGUCAAGCAGCAAGCAAACGAGCCAGUCAUCCCACCAGCCUAACAAACCUGCGGCCCGGACAGGCCAGGACCACCUCGCCUUACUCCACGCACUCCCCGCCGCCCGCCCGCCGUUCUUCUCUCUUGUUGCGAUCGACUUGACGAAACGUCGCCCGCCCGCUGCGGCCGCGCCUCUCCCUCACCUCCUCCGCCCAGUUUAGGCCAACCCAGUCCAACCCAGCCAAGCGCGAGACAACAAGCGAACCAGCCAGCCAGCCAGCCAGUCAGCCCGUGUCUGACCGAGUCUCAAGCCCGAGUCUAUUGCUACAGUACCUUAUCCGUACGGAUACACGCUCACACGCUCUUCUCGACUAGGCCCCUUGGGACCCCCCCGUUCGACCUGUUCCUUGGGACCGUCGCGUCAAGCAAGCCCCGUCCCCCCAAAACCAUAAUAAUAAUAAUAGCUCCGCGCCCAUCCUAUCCCAUCCCGUCCCAGCCAUGUACGCUCCCGGCUACGGCUUCUCCAAUGUCCCUCCGAACUUCAACACCGGCGCCCCACCUCCAAACCAGAACCCUCACAUGCAGCCAGGCUCUGUCCCAACCCAGCCGGGCCAGCAGAUGAUGUACAACCCUAAUCAAUUCGCUGGUAUGCCCGGAGGCCAGCCCGGCUUCGUCGGCGGUCCCAAUCCCGCCAUGAUGUCGGGCGCUGGCCCUGCAGGCAUGAUGCAGAACGCCGGCAUGCCACACAUGGCUGCCAAUGGUCAAAUGGGCUUCCAGAAUCCUUACCAGGGCAAUCCAUACGGCGGCAACAUGCCCGCGCCGGGCGGUCAACAUCCCAACUUUGGAGGAAUGCAAGGCUUCCCGAUGAACGCGGCGGGCAUGACGCCUCAACAACAGCAGCAGAUGAUGAUGCAGCAGCGCAUGCAAGCGCAGCAGGCACACCAGCAACAGCAACAACAACAGCAGCAGCAGCAGCAACAAGGGCAGGGACAAGGAAAUCAUGGAAACCAGGGCGGCAUGCAGUUGGGCUCGACACCUCAGAGGCCGAUGAGCGCGGCGCAAGGCGGACAAGGCUCUCCAAACAAUGCGAUGCAGCAACAGCAACAACAGCAGCAUCAGCAGCACCAACCUCAACAUCCCCAGAACCCUCAGCAGCAACACCAGCAGAACCAGCAACAUCACCAGCAACAGCAGGGUCAGCAACAGCAGCCGCCACAAUCGCAAAACCAGCAACAACAGCAUCAGCAACAACAAGCCCAACAUCAACAGCAGCAGCAACAGCAACACGCCCAGCAGCAGCAGCAACACCAACAGCAGCAAGCGCAGCAACAACAACAUCAGCAAAACCAGCCUCAACAACAACACGCGCAACAGCAACCACAGCAGCACUACCCCACAUCGCAACCUCAGUCACAUGGCCAGACUCCUGCAGCGUCAGCGCACCAGCACUCGGCUUCCAUCGCGUCCGUGACGACCCCCCAGACCCCGACAUUCCCUCAACAUAACCAGAACGCGACUGCAAAUGGCACAUCGUCGGUAUCGACGCCCCUUAGUCCCGGCAGCGAGUCCCGCGAACAGGAGAGGUUUUCACUGUUGUUGGAGAUCAACCAAGAGCUGUUGUUCGAGUCGAUGCAGUUGCAACAUACGCUAAGCGAGUUGAAGAAAGAGACACCGGGAGAAGGAGAUCAGGCGAGGAAACCGACCCAAGAAGAAGGGUCGGUUCAGCAGGACUACAGCCACUGUAUGCGACGACUUCAAGCGAAUCUCGCAUACCUAGCCGCUUUGGCCGAUCGCAAGGGAAACGUCCAGGUUCCUCCAUCACCCGCUUACCUGUCCUCCCCGCCACUGAAUAUGGCGCUCAAGAUUCGAAACUCAACUCCGCCAGGCGACAUUCCCGAGAACAAUCCAGACCCGAUGACAGACCGCGAGGAACGAUCCAAAUACCUAUCUGAGCUGUACAGAAAGCUUCAAGCGCUGUUUCCAAAUGCGGACCCCAAGAAGGAGCCACCAUUCCAGGCCGCGGGCCGCCCUCAGGGUCAGCCGGGGCAGCAGGGACAAGGUCAGCGGCCGCCGAGCCACCACGCGAGCCCCGCCAUGGCUCAAGCUCAACGGCCCAUGCAAAUGCAGAACAUGCCCGGAGCACAUCAGCAGCAGGGCAUGUCUCUAUCAUGAUCAAGGCGUGAGGAAGCGACAUGGAUCGGACUCGACCAUCGGGUGACAUGGUGGCGUUCAGGACCCUAGGGAGAUGUAUAAAAGAAAAAAAGUCACAGUCUUUGGCUUGGGUGGCGGGUUCUCCCGCUGGCACCCUCUACGUUGGAGAGCCAUAGCUGGAGAUGUCCGCUACAAACUUUGUUGUGUUUGGAGCUGUACGAGUUGCAAUUGCGCGGCGUUUGAUGGAUUUAGAGGAGGCCGUCAGCCAAGUUUGCAUAGACUAUACUCUUUGGAGCCGAUGGAGUUGCGGCAUACUGUGUGUUAUAUAGGUCGGCAUAGGGGAAGCACAUUGGCUCGAGAGAGGUGGAUGAGACGAAUUGAAGAUUGGAUAAUUUCAAAGGGCAAGCGCUAUGUUCUUUUGUCAAUUAUCACGGAGGUUUGUGUACUCGUUGGAAUCCUCGCGGCCCCAGGAUCGGAUACGUUUUGACUCGGGCCGGUGACAACCGAUACCGAGACAGCUUCAUCGACGGCCGUGCCAUGCUAUGCGUUUUGUUGCGGCUGUACAGACAUUAAGUAACAUAAAGCGAUGAAGUCAUUCGUGGAUGGGUAUCAUUGAGAAAGAGGCA